GCACGUUUUGUGUGCGGUCGUGGAAAAAAUGGAACCAGAUUUAAUCCAGACUUCACAUUUGCCUCCAAAUUUCAAUGAAGAUUUGAAUAGCACUCGCUUAAAAAGGCUGAAGCUUACGGACAGUUUGAGAGAGUUACAAACUGUGCUCAGAGAUAAAUCCACCAGUAGGAGUGACUUCAUAUUCCAUGCAGACAGAUUGAUUCGACUUGUUGUGGAGGAAGGACUGAACCAGCUGCCCUAUCAAAAAUGUGUGGUCACCACACCAACAGGCUAUAAGUACGAUGGUGUGCGGUACGAAAAGGGGAACUGUGGUGUCAGCAUCAUGAGGAGUGGGGAAGCAAUGGAACAAGGAUUACGGGACUGCUGUAGGUCUAUACGAAUCGGGAAGAUAUUGAUUCAGAGUGAUGAGGAAACUCAUGAUGCCAGAGUGGUGUAUGCCAAACUUCCGCCAGAUAUUGCCAAGAGGAAAAUUCUGCUUAUGUACCCCAUAAUGAGCACCGGGAAUACUGUUGAGAAAGCUAUCAUGGUUCUGCAUGAGCAUAAAGUGAUCCCAUCAAACAUUGUUCUUCUGAAUCUCUUCUGCACUCCACUAGCUGCCAGUCAGUUACUCGCCAAAUUUCCAGAUAUGACCAUCUUGACAUCUGAAGUGCAUCCCAUCGCACCCAAUCAUUUUGGACAGAAGUAUUUCGGAACAGAUUAAUGAAUGGAAGGAACUGGUCCAUUUUUCCGUUGAUAGAAAAAUGCAAUUUGCUGGUGGUAGGAAAGCCGACAUCUACCAAACCUCCAUUUGCAUAAAUUACCAUUUACGUCUUUAUUUUCAUGACAACUUUUUUUUUUCAGCAGAAUAUUUUGCUUUUUAGCCAGUAUUUUUAGGCUUAGUAUGUGCCAAAGCUUGUGAAUGCUUGCUAAUUGUUUAUUUUUUUCUUUCCUCUUAUUGUCCAAUUUGGUAAAAAAAAAAUAUUGCUAGCCUCGCAGAUAUCAUUUAAGAUCAAAUGAAGGGGUUUUUGUAGACUUUUUUGUUAUCUUAGAGCUCUUCGUAGAACACAUUGAGACCUUAUAUGGUGAGGAAAAUCUGAAAAAAUCAAGUUGUCUUUCACUUAAGUGUGGACAGGAUAUAUCAUUAUGGUUGAAAUACAGGUCUUAGUCCUGGCAAACUUCAUCAACAUAACGUUCAGUCUCAAGGUGACCUUACAAAUCUUUUUACAGUGGUACUAAAUAUUAAAUAAACUGGUUUUGAACACAGAUUAGGAGAGCAAAUAUGGCAUACGUCGUCCUUUACCGUUUAGUACAGCCCCUUAUGGAAAUUCCUGUUACAACAGAGUAACUUCCCUUGGACAACUGAAGUCAGUUUGCAAAAAAACAGGUGUAAUUUAAUGCUGUUUAGUAUGGAGCAGUCAGCAGUAUACUAUACUCGAGAUAAUGCAUGCUGUGGAAUGGGAUUAUCAGAUCAAGGUAAGUUAUGUACAGUGAGUGCAUCAUUAGAGACAAGCUGACAUUUUCCGAUGUCCAAUUCCAGAGCAUGCAUGCAAGUUGAAAGCCUGCCAGUUUACAUUCAGUUUUUAGGUAUGGUUUGGCAUCUGUGUUGUGUUUGGAAACAUCUAUUUUAACCUUUCUCAGAUGGUCAGUUAUUAUAUAUAUAUAUAUAUAUUUUUUUUUUUUUUGGUGAAUGGCUGCGUUUCAUUAUGAUUUAAAAAUGUUCAGGUUAUCUGGUUUUGUGGACCAAUUUGUCCCAUUGUAUGCCACAAAGGUGCUAGCUACAGCAGUUAGGGAGAACUACCUCUUCGGCAAAUGGAGGAAGAAAAAGUAGAGCAUGGUAAAUGACCUAAAACUUCACCCAUGAUUUCAAUUGGACAUUCAUUAGGAUUCCAAGAGAUCUGUUGAUCUUAGAACUAGAUGUUCUGAGGUUUGUUUGGAAGAUAUGAUCAAAUUCUUCUAUCAAAAUGUUCAAUUUCAGCAUUAAAAGUGAUAGUUUGACAUUUAUUUGCCUCCAUGAGUGCAAUUUUGCGUUGGGGAGUGAGGGGAGGGGGGAAUUGUAGGUCAUUUAAAUGUAAUCUACACAACAGUCUCAUUUGAAUGUGACAUUUUGAUACAAAGUUUACAAAUGAAGGUGUUUCAAAGUUGUUACACCUUUUCUUUUCUGUUAAUAUCAGAGUUAGUUCUCUCCAAACUGUUUACUAUGUUCAUUGCUGUACACAAGUAUCACGUGUGUAUUUUUAGAGAUGAUAUUUUGUCAUGUACUUCCAUUGCCAACUGUUGAUUUCACACAUGAAUUUCUCCACGUACAAUGUUUGGCAGUUUAAUAAAAGUAUGUAUUGUAAAUAUUCACCAAUUGUGUAUAAUAUAAACCUGUACACGUUUUUGUGUUAUCAUAUUGAUAACUAUAAUUAUCUUUUUUUUUUAUUUC